GCUGCCUUUGCUGUGAUGUUUGUGGGAAGUGGAACUCUGUGCUAAAUAUGUCUGGCUUUUCUGCCAUCUGUGCUAAAGUAGUGUGUUUGUAUUAGUGCCAAAGACUUGUGCCAGUAUAUGGAGUUGUACUUUGAUAUUAGCCAGCUAGUCGCUGCUUUAGUCCUGGCUGUUUUGUGGCUUCGUUAAUUAUAAGGGUAUUUCUUGUGUGUUCGUGAAGCUCUUACGGCUGCUUGUUGUGUUUCUGUAGUUGAAAUUGAGCAGCUGCUUUACUGGGCUCAACCUCACUACAUACAUAUUCUGCCCUAGACAUUACCCACAACACAUAGAGCUCGGCAACUCAAGCCCAGCACAUACUGAUUAUAAGCUCCUUUAGCCUUGUGUGUAAUUACAAGACUCUCUAGUCCCAUAAACACUAGUUGUAACUUUAAAGAUCUGUGUUCAUAGUAGCCAUACUGUUGCUAUCACAUACUAACUCUACACAAGUGCUGAAACAGUUGUUCAUCUGUUCUGUUAACAUGGAUCUUUUAUACUUGGAACUUAUGUAAGAAAAUAAACACAUGUAUAUACUUGUAUUUUAGCUGCAACAAUUAUACAGAUAUUCAUUCACUCCACAAAAUACAAGUAUAAUUAAUCUCUUAUAUAGUAGACCACACUUCAAUGCUUUUAAACAAAUAUAUAUAUAUAUAUAUCACAAUACUACUAACACAUGACAUGUUUGUAGGAAAGUAAAAUACACUUUUACAUUACAGAUCCACUUGAGUGUAGGAAAAAAACACCAACUCCCAAAAUUAACAGCUCACACAAGACAUACUCCCAGAUUCCAGAACUAUAAAAAUGUCAGCAGAAGUGAAGGAUCUCCCAGCUGUGGCCUCAGUCACUCAAAGGGUGGAGGCAAGGGACAGUGAUGCACACAGCUCUGCUGUUCUUGUGACAAGCAGUCAGCAGCCAAGACCUGAGGACCGGAAUCAGAACAAGGAAAAUGAGCUUCAGUCACUCGCAAAUCCCAUGCCUGCACGGGAUAUACCUCAGAAGAGCAAGGCAAUUGACGCUCCACUUCCCAAAGUGAAUCCAUGGACCAGGAAAAACAACAUGGCCAUUAACAACAACACAUUGAACCUCAGCAGCAAGGAACAACUGGGUCUGCAAGUUUCUACAAAAGUGAUAAAAGCGGGGAAACCUAUGCCAAAAAAGGCUGGUGAAUUUAGUGACAUCGCAAAAUGGCCAACACCCAGUGAAACUGCAAACCAUAAUUGCCAACACAUUAUUGUUAGUCAACCAAUUCAUAAAACAGAGAGCGAGAAAGAAAAGAGAAAUGAGAAAACGAAAACGAAACCGAAGACUAUCAAACGAAGUAAAGCGAAUAUUGAGAUGAAGAUGGAUGAACCUGUAGAGGAUUUAAGGCACGGUGAUGCACAUGCUGCUGCACAGAAGAAAAAAAUUAACAAGCAAAAAUGGGUGCCAUUACAUGUAGAAGUUGGAAAACCAGAUAGCCAAGACAGUCUUGGCUCUCAAAACUGCACGAGAUCACAAUCUGAAUCAAAUAAAUCUCAAAACAGGCGAGGAGAAUAUACACGUAGUUGGCGACGUGAUAGAAGGGAAGAUGUGGAUGAAGUUUCCAGUGUUAGGAGUGAAGGAGGCAAUGUCAGCAGAAGUUUAAAUACAAGAGGAAGAUCCAGAGGCAGAGGAAGAGGGCGAGGCAGAGGAAGCCUUCAAACACACUUUGAUUAUUCCUAUGGUAUUCGGGAGUCCACUGAGGCAAUGGACUCUAAAAGUAAUAGUGACAACACAAGUAUGGUAUAUUACUACAAUGAUGGUACGGGAAUAAAAAUGUACCCAUUGGAAAACAAACUACUCAAAGAGUACGUCAAACGUCAGAUUGAGUAUUACUUCAGCAUAGAAAACUUGGAACGGGAUUUCUUUCUCAGAAGAAAGAUGGACAAGCAAGGAUAUUUGCCUCUUUCAUUGAUUGCUGGCUUCCAUCGGGUGCAGUCUCUCACCACUGACAUUAACCUUAUUUGUGAGGCCUUAAAGAAAAGCACAGAAGUAGAAGUUACUGAUGAGAAAAUAAGGAGAAAACUCGAUCCCGAAAAAUGGCCUAUUCCAGGAGUAUCACGCACUGAUUUUUCAAGAUUAAUAGACUGUCCAGAAUUUAUUCCUGGCAGAGCACUGGUGUCUAGCACAGAGUCUGCACCAAGCUCUCCAAGAAAAGGAAGCUCCUUAUUUAAGGAUGGAAGUGGGGAGCCAAGCAAUUUAAAAACAAUGGCAAAGGGAUUAUCUGCAAGUUUGCCUGAGCUGGACUCCGAACCAUGGAUAGAAGUUAAACGAAGACAUCGCGCAUCACCAGUUAAAUCAAAGGAAGAACAGAGCAUUCCUCAGGCUCUGCCCAAACCACAAUCUCUAGAGGAACCUGAGCAAGAAGAAUUGGAUUUUAUGUUUGAUGAGGAGUUACAGCAGAUGCAGGGUCGUAAAAAUACCUUCACAGACUGGUCUGAUGAUGAUUCAGAUUAUGAAAUUGAUGAUAAAGACCUUAACAAGAUCAUUAUUGUGACACAGACCCCACCACACCUGAAAAAGCAUCCUGUCGGAGAUCGCACAGGAAAUCAUAUCUCUCGAGCAAAAAUUACCUCUGAGCUAGCUAAGGUUAUAAAUGACGGACUUUAUUAUUAUGAGCAGGACUUGUGGACAAAUGAAAGUGACCAUGAAUAUAUGUCUUCAAAGCAAGAGAUUGAAAAUUUUAGAAAGCUGAAUUUUAUCAGUAAAGAAGAGUUUGAAAGCCUUGCACCAGAACCACAGCUUGAGAAAAAUCUUGAAGAAUCUCCACCAUUUGCGUCUACGUUUCAGCAAGAUACCUCCACUUCUGCAGUUGCACAUUCUCUUUCCAAGGACGUUCCAGAAUCACCAAUUGCUUUUAUUUCAAGAACACCCAAAACUCCUCGGACGCCCCGUUUGCAAGAUCCUACUAAAACACCAAGAUUUUACCCAGUUGUAAAAGAGCCGAAAACCAUUGAUGUACAGACUCCAAGAAAGAGGAAAACUAGGCACAGCUCUAAUCCACCUCUGGAAUAUCAUGUUGGUUGGGUAAUGGAUUCCAGAGAGCACAGACCACGUACCUCUUCUGUAAGCAGUUCAAACGCUUCCCCUUCAGAAGGUGCUCCACUAGUAGGAAGUUAUGGCUGCACUCCUAACUCUCUGCCUAAAUUUCAACAUCCUUCUCACGAGCUUUUAAAAGAAAAUGAAUUUACACAACAUGCCUACCAUAAAUAUCGUCGAAGGUGCCUAAAUGAGAGAAAAAAAUUAGGAACUGGGCAGUCUCCUGAGAUGAACACUCUUUUCCGCUUCUGGUCUUUUUUCCUCAGAGAUCAUUUUAACAAAAAAAUGUACGAGGAAUUUAAACAGCUUGCUGUGGAAGAAGCCAAAGACAACUACAGGUAUGGGUUAGAGUGCCUUUUCAGAUUUUACAGUUAUGGAUUGGAAAGGAAAUUCAGACAAGAGAUAUUCAAAGAUUUCCAAGAAGAAACUAUAAAGGAUUAUGAAACAGGUCAGCUUUAUGGAUUGGAGAAAUUUUGGGCUUAUCUUAAAUACUCAAAGACCAAGAAUCUGUCUGUGGAACCCAAGUUAAAGAGUUACCUAUGCAACUUUAAGAGACUAGAAGAUUUUAGAGUUGACCCUCCAAUUUCUGAAGAAUGUGGACAGAGGAGACAGCUAUCUAAUGCAAUAAAUGAGGAAACUGGUCGUAGAAGACAUCGUUCUGGUUCCUCUAAGACCAGUCAGGCUGCUAAAGCCUCUGCUGCUAACCAGCCUCAUGUUCUGGUUCCCUCAGGAUAUCCCAAGUGAACAGCCUAAAGGAAAAUUAUCAUUGCAAUAACACCCAGAACCUUAUUAAAACCCAUUGUCCAUACAAGGGCUGCUUGGGAAAUUAACUCUUGGCCGUGGCUUAUAACUUUUACUGUGUUUUAGCUGAAGAAAUUCAGAGCCCAAUGUGAUUUGAAACAAAGUGCAACAGCAAGAAAUGCAUUGUAUGUUGUGUUAGCUCCAAGAAGUCGUUCAGCCACCCAAGUCUGAUUUUUUUUUUUUUUAUCUUUUUUUUUUUCUUUUUUUUUUCUUUUUUUUUUUUUUUUAAAGCUACAUUUACAAAAUAGGCAUUUUUAAAGAAUGUUUCAAUUGUGAUGCCUUAUAUUUCAGAAUAAGAGGGCACGUUUUAUUUAAGCCAAUCAAUUCAUACAAUUUUUUCAUGUAGAUGCAUAAUGAGUUUUUUUUAAUCGGUUCAGGGUAACAAAUAUGUAUGUUUUUACGCUAACAUUUCAUUAGUUUUGCUGCAUUACAAUAUUAGGAGAGAAAACUAGUAUUCCUAAUGGAUUCUUCUGUUUUCAUAUAUUAAUCUGAUUAAGUUGAAAUAGAAAUCAGUGGUGUGCAUUCAAAUUUACAAGGACAUGCUUCAAUAUAACUGUCGGUGUGGGAUGCUUUAAAAUAUAUAUUAUAUUUUAUUCUUUUUUUGCAUUUUCAAAAAGGUUUGCUAAUCCAUUUUUAGAUUCAUUUGAUGCUCAUUAUAAUGAUGCUCAUUCAUUUGAUGCUCAAUGAUGCUCAUUCAUUUGAUGCUCAUAAUGCAGCAGUAACAGACUGACUUAAAGUGAAGGUAAACUUACCUUCUAUUCGAUCGAGUAUUUUGUUUUUUGGCCACAAUCAAUAGGAGUUUAAUCAAUUUCUUUCAAUUUUAUUUUAAGCAAAGUUAUUGCCUUUAUAAAUAGUUAUUUGCGCUUUAUAAAUUCAACCUGUUUUUUUUUUUUUUUUUUUCAUUCUUGAUCACGUUUUUAUUUUCUCCAAUUGAAAAUCUGGCUGUCAUCUGCCUCCUUGGACGGCACGAUUUUUCAAUUGGCCAAGCUGAAAACAUCAUCAAGACUUAAAAAAAAAAAAAAAAAAAAAAGCCGGUCGAAUUUGUAAAGCGGCUAUAUCUUGGUUUACAGUAAAACUGGAAAAAAAAUUAUGAAUUAAAAUCCUAUUGAUUGGGGCCAAAAAAUCUAAUACUCAAUCGAUUAGAAGGGAAGUUUACCUUUACUUUAAUAUGAGCUUCUUUCAUAAAAACCAAUUUGGUAAAUCAUUUAUCAUGUUUAGCAUUCUAAUUGUAAAAUACCUGAUCCGUACAAAGGGUUUAGAAAACAACAAAAUUAAAGAAAUAGAAAUCCCAAGUUAUGUUUUUAAAUGAGUUACAUUCAAAUUGUUGUCAUUUGUUACUUUUUUUUCUAAUUAAUGAGACUAGGAUGCAACUUCAUAUUGCAGAAUAUCCUUUAUGGUGCUUAAAUGCUUUUAUUAUAAGGGUAAAUACAAAUAACAGGUCUGUUUUCUCUUCACAGUGAGGGAAACUUGUUUUAUGUUAACAACUUUAUACUUUUGAAUAACAGACUGCUUUGAUAUUUUAAACUCAUGAUGCAAAUGUAAAUUAUUUUGGUUUUAGAUGUAUAUACAGUACAAUAAAAUUUAGAAUGUUUGACAGCAGUGAAAUUUAACUGAAUUUAUGGCAAUUUUUUAUAAAAAAAAUAU